UUGCAUCUGGGCAACCUGCUUGUGAAGCACGGCUACAUCUAUUCUCUGAAGGACCCUCACACCCUGGUCUUGCGGGGGAAUGAGACUCCCUACAGGUUCCAGAGAAGCCCCUUCCUGCCCCAGGGCAGCUGAACCAAGCCUCUUCCUCUAUGGCCUGCAGACCCCAUAUUUCUGGAUGAGCACCAAGUGGCUGCCCACCGACCUUGAUUACGCCAUCUAUUUGGCAAAGAGGAAUAUCUGCAAGCAGGGUGAACUCAGUGAGCCUGAGAAGGAGGAUUAUAACCAGCUGUGCAAGAGGAUCAAUCAUAUUUGGGACUUCGUGGUGAUGCAGGCGCGGGAGCAGCUCCGUGCAGCUAAGCAGCGGAGAAAGGGGGACAGGAUUGUCGUUGAGUGCCAAGAACAGGCCUACUGGCUUGUCAACAGGCCCUUGGGUGGAGUUCUGAAUGUGAGGGAUCAGCGGCCAGGACUAAGGAGCCACUCUGUCACCCCUAUACAUCUGAAGAAUGUGGACUACUACAAACAGGAGAUCCGUUAUUGCCACACUGCCAUGGGUAGGACGCGCAUCAAGUCUUCCCUUUGCCUGCAAGGAUACCUCAAGUUCAAUGAGCAGUAUCUGUCCCAUGACCCCAUCAUGUCUGGCUGCCUUCCGAGCAAUCCCUGGAUCACUGAUGACAUCACAUACUGGGCAAUGAACGCCCCCCGGGUCACAGUUCCCACCAAGCUGCGGGUGGAGCGCUGGAGCUUCAGCUUCAGUGAGCUGAUGGGUGAUGUCUUGGGCCGAGAGCAACUCCUGGAAUUCCUCAAAAAAGAGUUCAGUGCCGAGAACCUUAUGUUUUGGGAGGCUUGUGAAGAAUUACGCCAUGGGGAAGCGGCCCACAUUGCAGAUGCUGUGGACUCCAUCUAUCAGCAGUUUCUGGUGCCCAGUGCCACCUGCUGGGUGAACCUUGAUAGCAAGACUAUGGAGCACACCCUGAAGGGCAUCGAGACCCCCCACCGCUACACAAUGGACAAUGCCCAGAUGCACAUCUACACACUGAUGAAAAAGGAUUCCUACCCACGCUUUUUGAAGUCUGACUUUUACAAGAAGCUGCUUGCCGAGGCCCUGGUGCCUCCAGAGACCAAGAAGCGGGCAUUCCCAUUCAUGUGGAAGCUGCGACACUCAAGCCCGAGCCCUGCCUGCCCGCCCCUUCCUGGGGCCCACGAAGUGAGGCCUGAGGAGAGGAGCCAGGCUGCGCCCCAGGAGCAUGGCUAAGGGGAGCCCUGCCCCUUCCCCACAGGACUUUUAGUUCCUUGAGUGCUGCAGGGCUCUUGCCCCCACCCCAGUGGACAUCAGGAAGAAGGCCUCUCCCCCCGACUCGCCUGGACAGGAGACUGCCGGCCACCUUCCCUUGCUCAGGAAUGGUCACCCCACCCUUUCUGGCUUAAUCUUUAGCGGUCAUGCUGCUGCCCUCUUGGAGCAAAGCUGGCAGCAUUCCUGCCCCCCAGUGUAUGAACAAUAAAGUGC